AUGCAUCACAGCUCGAUCUACAACGCGAGCAUCGCCGUCUGGGAUCCCUACAGCUCAUCAAUGCAGCGAAUUAUCUCUAUCCCUGGAAUAACCCACAGCCUAGACAAAAGACUCUCUGGGACUAUCAUCGACCCCACAAACAACGUUCUGUCUGCUGUCGUAGAGGCCGCUUCAUUCUUUCUUAGCGCGGGAAACGAUGUGAGCGGCGAUAACUUUGUUGUUAAAGUCGAUCUGAACACUUUUGCAACUAGGAAGAUCAACCUAACUGCUGUCACCAAGGGCCAGUACGGGGCGUUUCUUGAUAUUGAUAAUGGUCUUUCUGGAGAUCUUUAUGUCAAUGGUGCUUAUCCAUCCAGUCUUCUUCACAUUGACUGCGAGGAUAAAGUCGCACCUUUCUACGUCCGCGAGCCAACCACUCCUCCACGCUCUUUUGGGUUCGGAGGAGUGGUUAGAGUCGAUGACACUCUGAUCGUCAGCGACAAUACCAACCAUCAGCUCGCCAAGUUCACUAUUCACAGUGGCCAUCACUCACCAGUUGUUAUCCCACAGACAAAUUAUCACAAUUUCUCUGGUGGAAGCUCCCUAAGCCUACCUCACCGUUACGGCGGAAAGGUUAUGUUGAUGGCAGAAGAUGUCAUUGCAAAGAAUACCUGCGGUGUCUCUGUGUUUAGCUCGAAGGAUAGCUGGAAAACUGCCAAUUUCUUGGGCUUCAUAGAGAGUAUUGACAGGAAGUUGGAGCCUGCCUCGGCUAUCAGUCAGACUUCUGCGCAUGAGCUUGGCGAUCGCAUUUACUCGAGCAUUCUUUUCUAUGACAAUAAGGUCAACCCUACGAUGGCCGGUAACAGAACUGACUUUUCGCUGCGGGAUAUCACGGAUUCGGUUGACUCCCUGCUCAAGGCAAAUGGAUUUGAUAUAUAG